AUGCUCCACUCGCCUUACGCCAUCUACGUCCGCGACUUUGGCCUCAUUGCCCUCAUCUUGGGCUGGUGGAUUCCCAGCAUCAUCAAUCCUGCUGUCCGUUACCGCUGGGUUCCUGCGACAAUCCUGGCCUGGUUCUUCAUCCUCCUCAUCCUCUUCCACCACUCCAAAUACAUUCCCCAGAAGCCCUUCAAGCGGGUCUUGGUCGCUGUCUGGAUGACAUGCCUGGGCAAGCCAUGGAGCAUGCUGCCCUACCGCGGCAAGCUCGUCGCCGGCUGGUUCAGCCUCGCCGUCCUCAUCUUUGGCACCACCUACGGCCUGCCCAAGACACCCUCGUCGACGUACACGUCGCGCACAAUCUCACUUGUCGGCCUCCUCCUCAUCUACGGCUUCCUCUUUGCCCUCUCGCACAACCACAAGGCUGUCAAGGCGCGCACGACGGUGCUGGGCAUCGGCUUCCAGUUCAUCAUUGCCCUCUUUGUCUUCCGCACCGACGCCGGCUAUUCGCUCUUCAACUGGAUCGCUCAGGCCGCAGAUGACCUCCUCACCCAGGCGCAGGUCGGUGGCGCAGCCUUCUUCUGGAGCCAAGACUUUGUUGCGAACCACUACUUCUUCGUCAACACGCUGGCCAGCAUCAUCUUCUUCGUCGCCCUCUGCAUCGCCCUCUUCUAUACGGGCGCCCUCACGUGGGUCAUCAAGAAGGCUGCCUGGUUCUUCCACGUUACUUUUGGCAUCUCGGGCGCAGAGGCCGUCGUCGCCGUCGCCUCGCCCUUCAUUGGCCAGGGAGAGAACUGCGUGUUGGUGCGCCCCUACGCGCGUCUCUUCACCCGGAGUGAGUUCCACCAGGUGCUCACCAGUGGCUUCGCUGCCAUUGCCGGCUCCGUUCUCGUCGCAUACAUCCAGCUCGGCGUGCCGGGCAAGGAUCUCGUCACCUCUUCGGUCAUGUCCAUCCCUGCCUCGAUUGCCGCAUCCAAGAUGAUCUACCCCGAGACGCAGGAGUCCGAGACGCAGGGCAAGGUCACCGUCGAGCGCAAGGAGGCGCCCGAGGAGCAGUCCAACGACCUCCUCCACGCCCUCUCCAACGGUGCCUGGUUCGGUCUUCGCGUGGCCGCUGCCAUCUUCUGCAAUGUCCUCGUGCUCCUCAGCACCGUCUACACCAUCAAUGGCCUCCUCACCUACAUCGGAAAGAGCUGGUACAUUACCGAGAACAACGGCGGCCCCCUCACGCUGCAGGUCAUCUUCGGCCACGUUCUCUACCCACUUACGUUCAUGCUCGGCGUGCCUGGCCAGGACACGCUCAAGGUGGCCAAGCUGAUUGCUACCAAGAUUGUUGCCAACGAAUUUGUCGCCUAUAAAGACCUGCACGAUGCCAUGGAUGCGGACCCCAACUUCCUGUCGCCGCGCGCCUUCAAGAUUGCAUCCUACGCCCUCUGCGGCUUUGGCAACAUCAGCUCGGUCGGCAUCAACAUUGGUGUCCUUUCGGCCAUUGCGCCCAAGCGCGCCGCCGACAUUGUCAAGCUUGCCCCCUCGGCCCUGCUCACGGGCAUUCUCGUCACCCUCUCGUCGGCCGCCAUUGCCGGCAUCGUCAGCGCCGACUGA